AUUAAAAAAGCCAGAUUACUGCUUAAAUCAGUACGCGAGACCAAUCCUCAUCAUCCUCCAGCAUGGAUUGCAUCUGCGAGGCUUGAGGAAGUAACAGGAAAACUGCAGGUGGCCAGGAACCUAAUUAUGAAGGGAACAGAAAUGUGCCCGAAGAGUGAAGAUGUUUGGUUGGAAGCAGCUCGACUGCAGCCUGGUGACACAGCUAAAGCAGUGGUAGCAAACGCAGUCCGACACCUGCCGCAGUCUGUGCGUAUCUACAUACGAGCUGCAGAAUUGGAAACUGACAUUAGAGCCAAGAAACGGGUUUUGAGAAAAGCCCUGGAGCAUGUGCCCAAUUCAGUGCGUUUAUGGAAAGCAGCAGUUGAACUUGAGGAACCUGAAGAUGCACGUAUUAUGCUCAGUAGAGCUGUCGAGUGCUGCCCUACAAGUGUUGAACUUUGGCUUGCUUUAGCAAGAUUGGAGACCUAUGAGAAUGCUCGAAAAGUACUCAACAAAGCAAGAGAAAAUAUCCCAACGGAUCGGCAUAUUUGGAUUACUGCAGCAAAGCUAGAAGAAGCUAAUGGAAACACCCAGAUGGUUGAAAAAAUUAUUGACAGAGCUAUUACUUCACUAAGAGCUAAUGGAGUGGAAAUUAAUAGAGAACAGUGGAUUCAGGAUGCAGAAGAAUGUGACAGAGCAGGAAGUGUUGCCACCUGUCAGGCCAUUAUUCGUGCAGUUAUUGGAAUUGGAGUUGAAGAAGAAGAUCGAAAGCAUGCAUGGAUGGAGGAUGCAGAAAGUUGUAUUUCUCAUGGAGCACUUGAAUGUGCGAGAGCAAUUUAUGCACAUGCCCUCCAGGUCUUUCCAAGCAAAAAAAGUGUGUGGUUGAGAGCUGCGUACUUUGAAAAAAAUUAUGGCACCAGAGAAUCUUUGGAAGCUCUUUUGCAGAGGGCCGUGGCUCACUGCCCAAAAGCGGAAGUUCUUUGGCUGAUGGGAGCUAAAUCCAAAUGGUUAGCUGGAGAUGUGCCUGCAGCUAGAAGUAUUCUUGCACUUGCAUUUCAGGCUAACCCAAACAGUGAAGAGAUUUGGUUGGCUGCUGUUAAGCUGGAGUCUGAAAAUAAUGAAUAUGAAAGAGCACGAAGACUGUUGGCUAAAGCUAGAAGCAGUGCUCCCACUGCAAGAGUAAGUAAAUCUAGAGCAUUUCAAAUUUAUACUUGAUAUAAUCAGUGCUCCCUUAGAUGGAUGCAUCAAUAAUAA